AUGUCGUCUUCUGUCUUACUCAAGCACGCUGUCCGCAACGGGAAAUCUGUAGCGAUCAAACUCUCGACUGAGGGGCCUGGCUACAAGCGCCUCGUUGACGCGAUUGGCGACAAGGCCAAGGAUAACGCAGCAACGACUGUUGCGGCAGCACUUGAAAAUGGAAUUGCUGUUCAAGAUGAAGAUUAUGCCAAAUUUGACGAAGUCAAAAUCAACAACAUGAACCACGAAAGCGAGACGGACCCGAACGCCCACUUCUCUUGUGAAGGUUGGAGUGGCGGGAAAAAAGUCAAAGGUUUCCAUGUUAUGCAGGACCCUUCCAAGCAAACUCGAGCCAAUUAG